CACAUUCAAACUAAACAGAAAGUUGGAUUACAACAAAAUGGCCGCUAAGACUUCCUUCGUCCUUCUCUUCGUUCAAGCUGUUUUGGUCCAGAGCAUCUUCAGCCAGUAUCUUGGACCUGCUUUUGGUGAUGGAUUAGCUUGUGGAGCUGUUAAUAGUCUGUCUUAUGGUCCAUAUGCUGCUGAAUAUGCAGCUGGUUGCGGUCCAUCCCCAUUCGCUGUGUCUAAUGGUGGAAGUUUUGCUGUGAGAAGUGCAUCUCCCAUCGCUGUCACUGGUGUUGCCGUAACGUCUGAAAACGCAUACGAAGGUCCUCUAGCAGUGUCGGGUGCUCUGCCAUUCUUAGGAGCUGUCGCGUUAGAAGGCCCUCUAGCUACAGCCGGUGUUGGUGCCGUCACAUACGGUUGUGGUAACGGCAACGUUGCGAUAUUGAACGAAGACAUAAGCCUAGGUUACAACGGUUUAGCUGGUCCGUACGGACCAUAUGGAGCGGCUGAAUUAGGCUAUGGGUAUGGCGCUCCUCUGGCGUACGAAGCCGGUCUCGCGGGACCCGGUUACGGUUACAGAGGAUAUGGUUGUGGAGGUAUUUACUAAUUUCUUAUAUUAAGAAUAAUAGUAAAAAUAAAUGUAUUAUUAGUUACUAA